UUUAGGGUUUAAAGUAUGAGUAUACUACAGAUUACUGAUUUACCACACUUUGAUAGUUCAAUCGAAAGCUAUGAAGUCCAUUCAUACAAUCCCUACAAUAACAGCUUUAGAGAAAACGAUGAAAUCAGAAUCCCCAUACAUCAGCAAGACAUAUACGUGCUACCGUCAGCCAGUUCAAUCUACAUCGAAGGCCAGGCAAAGCUGUUCGGUAAGGAUGGGCAUCCGAGCAAGAAACCUGUUACGUUCACUAAUAACCCUGUUAUGUAUUUGUUCCAAGACAUCAGAUACGAAAUGAAUGGAAUUGAAAUAGAUCGUAUAAAAAAUUCCGGAAUAACAUCAACAAUAAAGUCAUACAUCUCAUUCAAUGAAGCAGAAAGUAAAGUUGCUGCAUUGUGGGGUUGGAAUUUAAACGGGUUCCAAAGUGAUGGGCAUUUUAGCGUUGUGGUGCCAUUAAAUAAGAUUUUAGGGUUUGCAGAGGAUUACAAUAAAAUUGUAAUAAAUUGUAAACACGAACUUAUAUUGAAUAGGAGUAAUUCUAACUUAAAUAGUAUUAUUCUUACUGAUGAAAACGUCCAGCUUCAAAUAGAUAUACAAAGGGUUCAGUGGAGAGUACCACAUAUAAAAGUUUCAGAUAGAGAACGUUUAACACUUUUAAAGCAUUUAGAAAGAGAUAAAGCUAUUCAGAUGGCUUUUAGAAAUUGGGAUUUAUAUGAGUAUCCUUUACUACCUAAAACCACAAAGCAUUCUUGGUCAGUAAAAACUGCUUCUCAAUUAGAAAAGCCCCGGUAUGUAAUUUUUUGCUUGCAGACUAAUAGAAAAAGUAAUAAAUCAAAAGACAGCUCAGUAUUUGAUCAUUGUGAUGUGACAAAUGUAACGCUAUUUUUGAAUUCUCAAUAUUACCCUUAUGAACCUUUAGGUUUAAAGUUUUCUGAAAACAAGUACAGUAUAUUAUAUGAAAUGUAUGUGAAAUUUCGUCAGUCGUAUUAUAGCAGCCCAGUCGAUCCCUUGCUUGAUCUGAAAAAUUUUAAAGAAAAAGCACCACUUUUUAUCAUAGAUUGUUCAAGGCAAAAUGACUGUUUAAAAACAGGCCCGGUAGAUGUAAGGUUGGAAUUUGAAUGUUCAACAUUAAUACCAGAUAACACAACUGCCUACUGUUUAAUUAUUAACGAUCGACUUGUGGAAUACAAACCGUUAAGUAACAUUGUGCGCAGGCUAUCAUGACUGCAAUUGUAGAUGUUCAAGGUUUCAAAACAGAAGCUAAUGAAUUUAUAAUAAAGGAGAUUGCGAUAUUAUGCGAUAAAAAAAUACAGGUAUUUCUAAUAAAACCUCCAUUUCCAUUUUACGAUUUGACUAAACAAGAACGUCGACAAGUAAGUUGGAUUGAGCGCAAUAGAAAGAUAUACUGGAAUGAAGGAAUUGUGCCUUACUCAAAUUAUCAGAAUUUGGUUAUAAAUAUUUUAAGAGAUAAAUGUGUUUAUGUCAAAGGUUCAGAAAAAGUGUCAUGGUUAAGAAACAUUGUAAAUAGUACUAAUGUUAAUAACUUAGAAGAUAAAGGUUGUCCUAGUUUAUUAAACUUAUAUGAAGAAUAUGAAAACUCUCAUGAUCUGUAUAGCUGUAUUUAUCAUGAUUCAGUAUGUGCAUUAAAAAAUGUUCUCUGUUUAAAUAAAUGGCGUAUAGACAAUGUAGUAUAAACACUCUAAGUAACUAAUAAAUUUUUGAAAUAAA